AUGACUAUCUGCGAAGCUAGCAUCACAGUACAGACGCAGGAAGAGUCGACAUGCCCGCCUCAGACAUUGCAUGUCAAGAGGGUCAAGAAGCUUCAUGAUACCGAUGAGGAUCUUUUCUGGAAGCUGACAGAGGCGGCUGCAGGUCAAAUUGAACCCAAUUCGAUUGAUCUGUGUGCUCUCCAUGUGUUUGGCGGACAAAAGGACUCGCUCAUACCAGCACCUUGGCCCCGCCUGGACUUUACAACCAGCGAUCUUAACCGAUCCACCAUGGCACCCGCAUGA